UUGAAAGCAAGUGACAUCAGCGAGUCAGAGAAAAAGGGGUGAGCGGCAGGCACCGAGAGAAGUAGGGCGUUUGGCAUUAGGAGCUCGAGCCCAGCCUGCCCUGGCAGGGUCCCCAGUGCCCCAGAGACCAUGCAGAAGUCGCCUCUGGAAAAGGCCAGCGUCAUCUCCAAACUUUUUUUCAGCUGGACUAGACCAAUUUUGAGGAAAGGGUACAGACAGCGCCUGGAAUUGUCAGACAUAUACCAAAUUCCUUCUGCUGAUUCUGCUGACAAUCUAUCUGAAAAGUUGGAAAGAGAAUGGGAUAGAGAACUGGCUUCAAAGAAAAAUCCCAAACUCAUUAAUGCCCUUCGGCGAUGUUUUUUCUGGAGAUUUAUGUUCUAUGGAAUCUUAUUAUAUUUAGGGGAAGUCACCAAAGCAGUACAGCCUCUCUUACUGGGAAGAAUCAUAGCUUCUUAUGAUCCAGAUAACAAGGCAGAACGCUCCAUCGCCAUUUACCUAGCCAUAGGCUUAUGCUUGCUCUUUAUCGUGAGRACACUGCUCCUUCACCCGGCCAUUUUUGGCCUUCAUCACAUUGGAAUGCAAAUGAGAAUAGCUAUGUUUAGCCUGAUUUAUAAGAAGACUUUAAAACUGUCAAGCCGUGUUCUGGAUAAAAUAAGUAUUGGGCAGCUUGUUAGUCUCCUUUCCAACAACCUGAACAAAUUUGAUGAAGGACUUGCAUUGGCACAUUUUGUAUGGAUUGCUCCUUUACAAGUGACUCUCCUGAUGGGGCUGCUCUGGGACUUGUUACAGGCCUCUGCUUUCUGUGGCCUUGCUUUCCUGAUAGUUGUAGCCCUUGUGCAAGCUGGGUUAGGGAGAAUGAUGAUGAAGUACAGAGAUCAGAGAGCUGGAAAGAUCAAUGAAAGACUUGUGAUCACCUCAGAAAUGAUUGAAAAUAUCCAAUCUGUGAAGGCAUACUGCUGGGAAGAAGCAGUAGAAAAAAUGAUUGAAAACCUAAGACAGACAGAACUGAAACUGACCCGGAAGGCAGCCUAUGUGAGAUACGUCAAUAGCUCAGCCUUCUUCUUCUCAGGAUUCUUUGUUGUGUUUUUAUCUGUGCUUCCCUAUGCACUUAUCAAAGGAAUCAUCCUUCGAAAAAUAUUCACAACCAUCUCAUUCUGCAUUGUGCUGCGCAUGGCAGUCACACGGCAAUUCCCUUGGGCCGUACAAACAUGGUACGACUCUCUUGGAGCAAUAAACAAAAUACAGGAUUUCUUACAAAAGCAAGAGUAUAAGACAUUAGAAUAUAACUUAACAACUACAGAAGUAGAGAUGGAGAAUGUAACCGCCUUCUGGGAGGAGGGAUUUGGGGAAUUAUUUGAGAAAGCAAAACUAAAUAAUAACAAUAGAAAAAUUUCCAAUGGUGACAAUAGCCUCUUCUUCAGUAACUUCUCCCUCCUUGGUGCCCCUGUAUUGAAAGAUAUCAACUUCAAGAUAGAAAAAGGACAAUUAUUGGCAGUUGCUGGAUCUACUGGAGCAGGCAAGACUUCACUUCUAAUGAUGAUUCUGGGAGAACUGGAGCCUUCAGAGGGUAAAAUUAAGCACAGUGGAAGAAUUUCAUUUUGCUCUCAGUUUUCCUGGAUCAUGCCUGGUACCAUCAAAGAAAAUAUUAUCUUUGGUGUUUCCUAUGAUGAGUAUAGAUACAGGAGUGUCAUCAAAGCAUGCCAACUAGAAGAGGACAUCUCCAAGUUCGCAGAGAAAGACAACAUAGUCCUUGGAGAAGGUGGAAUCACACUGAGCGGAGGUCAACGUGCACGGAUUUCUUUAGCAAGAGCAGUAUACAAAGAUGCUGAUUUGUACCUAUUAGACUCUCCUUUUGGAUACCUAGAUGUUUUAACUGAAAAGGAAAUAUUUGAAAGCUGUGUGUGUAAAUUGAUGGCUAACAAAACUAGGAUUUUGGUCACUUCUAAAAUGGAACAUUUAAAGAAGGCUGACAAAAUAUUAAUUUUGCAUGAAGGUAGCAGCUAUUUUUAYGGGACAUUUUCUGAACUACAAAAUCUACGGCCAGACUUUAGUUCAAAGCUCAUGGGAUAUGAUUCUUUUGACCAGUUUAGUGUGGAAAGAAGAAAUUCAAUCCUAACAGAGACAUUGCGCCGUUUCUCAUUAGAAGGAGAUGCUUCUGUCUCUUGGAAUGAAACAAAAAAACAAUCUUUUAAACAGACUGGAGAGUUUGGGGAAAAAAGGAAGAACUCUAUUCUCAAUCCAAUCAACUCAAUGAGAAAAUUCUCAAUUGUACAAAAGACCCCAUUACAAGGAAAUGGCAUGGAAGAUGAAUCUGAUGAGCCCUUAGAGAGAAGGCUGUCCCUAAUUCCAGAUUCUGAGCAGGGGGAGGCCAUCCUGCCUCGCUGCAAUGUGAUCAACACUGGCCCCACAUUUCAGGGCCGAAGGAGACAGUCUGUUCUAAACCUGAUGACACACUCCGUGAACCAGGGGCCAAGCAUCCACCGGAGGACAACAACUGCACGAAAAAUGUCAUUGGCCCCUCAGAYAAACUUCACUGAAAUGGAUAUUUAUUCAAGACGUUUGUCUCAAGAGAGUGGCUUAGAAAUCAGUGAAGAAAUUAAUGAAGAAGAUUUAAAGGAAUGCUUUUUUGAUGAUGUAGAGAGCAUACCUGCUGUGACCACGUGGAACACAUAUCUUCGAUACAUCACUAUCCACAAGAGCUUGAUUUUUGUGCUAAUUUGGUGCUUAGUUGUUUUUCUGGCUGAGGUGGCUGCUUCUUUGGUUGUGUUGUGGCUACUGAAAAACAAUCCUCCUCAAGAUGAAGGGAAUAGUACUAAAAAUGCAAAUAACAGCUAUGCUGUGAUUGUCACCAACACCAGCUUCUAUUAUGUUUUUUACAUUUAUGUGGGAAUAGCUGACACUUUGCUUGCUCUGGGAUUAUUCAGAGGUUUGCCACUGGUGCAUACACUAAUCACAGUGUCAAAAAUCUUACACCAAAAAAUGUUACAUUCUGUUCUACAAGCACCCAUGUCAACCCUCAACACGUUGAAAGCAGGUGGGAUUCUUAAUAGAUUCUCCAAAGAUAUAGCAAUUUUGGAUGAUCUUCUGCCUCUUACCAUAUUUGACUUCAUUCAGUUGUUACUAAUUGUGAUUGGAGCUGUGGCCGUGGUCUCUGUUUUACAACCCUACAUCUUCCUAGCAACAGUGCCAGUGAUAGCGGCUUUUAUUAUGUUGAGGGCAUAUUUCCUACGAACUUCACAACAACUCAAACAACUGGAGUCUGAAGGCAGGAGUCCAAUCUUCACUCAUCUUGUUACAAGUCUAAAAGGACUAUGGACACUUCGUGCCUUUGGACGACAGCCUUACUUUGAAACUCUGUUCCACAAAGCUCUGAAUUUACAUACUGCCAACUGGUUCUUGUAUCUAUCAACGCUGCGCUGGUUUCAAAUGAGAAUAGAAAUUAUCUUUGUCAUCUUCUUCAUUGCUGUUACCUUCAUUUCCAUUUUAACAACAGGUGAAGGAGAAGGAUCUGUUGGUAUUAUUCUAACUUUAGCCAUGAAUAUUAUGAACACAUUGCAGUGGGCUGUAAACUCUAGCAUCGAUGUGGAUAGCUUGAUGCGAUCUGUGAGCCGUGUCUUUAAGUUCAUUGACAUGCCAACAGAAGACGGUAAAUCCUCCAAGUCCAUCAAACCAUCCAAGGAUGACCAGCUCUCAAAAGUUAUGAUUAUUGAGAAUCAACAUGUGAAGAAAGAUGACAUCUGGCCCUCGGGGGGCCAAAUGACUGUCAAAGACCUCACAGCGAAAUAUGUAGAUGGUGGGAAUGCCAUAUUAGAGAACAUUUCCUUCUCAAUAAGUCCUGGCCAGAGGGUGGGUCUCUUGGGAAGAACUGGAUCAGGAAAGAGCACAUUGUUAUCAGCUUUUUUGAGACUACUGAAUACUGAAGGAGAAAUCCAGAUUGAUGGUGUAUCUUGGGACUCAAUAUCUUUGCAACAGUGGAGGAAAGCCUUUGGAGUGAUACCACAGAAAGUAUUUAUCUUUUCUGGAACAUUUAGAAAAAACUUGGAUCCCUAUGAACUGUGGAGUGAUCAAGAAAUAUGGAAAGUUGCAGAUGAGGUYGGACUCCGAUCUGUGAUAGAGCAGUUUCCUGGGAAGCUUGACUUUGUCCUUCUGGAUGGGGGUUAUGUGUUAAGCCAUGGCCACAAGCAGUUGAUGUGCUUGGCCAGAUCUGUUCUCAGUAAGGCAAAGAUCCUACUGCUUGAUGAACCCAGCGCUCACUUGGAUCCCAUAACAUACCAAAUAAUUCGAAGAACUCUGAAACAAGCAUUCGCUGAUUGCACAGUAAUCCUCUGUGAACACAGAAUAGAAGCAAUGUUGGAAUGUCAACGAUUUUUGGUCAUAGAAGAGAAYAAAGUGCGGCAGUAUGAUUCCAUCCAGAAGCUUCUGAGUGAGAAGAGCCUCUUUCGACAGGCAAUCAGCUCCUCGGACAGGAUGAAGCUCUUCCCCCACCGCAACUCCAGCAAGCACAAGUCUCGGUCCCAAAUUGCUUCUCUGAAGGAGGAGACAGAAGAAGAGGUCCAAGAAACAAGGCUCUAG